AUGAAUUUUGACGAGAUUGAAGAACAAGACGGUAUCCGUUUCUCGUGGAAUGCAUGGCCAUCUUCACGUUCAGAGGCUACAAAAGCUGUUGUACCCAUUGCCUGUCUCUACACACCUUUGAAAGAACGCGAAGACUUUCAAGAAAGUCCUAUCUGGUAUGAACCAGUGACUUGUAAGGCACCUUGUAGAGCCAUCUUGAAUCCCUACUGUCAAAUUGAUGUUCGUGGUAAACUCUGGAUUUGUCCUUUCUGUCUCCAAAGAAAUGCUCUUCCUCCUCAUUACAAAGAUAUUUCCAACACCAACCUUCCUGCUGAACUGCUACCCAAGUACACUACUAUUGAAUACAAUCUGAAUCGUGUUGCUCAAAUUCCACCCAUCUUUUUAUUCGUUGUCGAUACUUGCCUCGAAGAAGAUGACCUUAAGGCUCUCAAAGAAUCCUUAAUUGUCAGCUUGAGUUUAUUGCCCGAAUAUGCUUGGGUUGGUUUGAUUACUUUUGGCACCAUGACUCAAGUUCAUGAGUUGGGCUUUGCUGAUUGUCCCAAGUCGUUUGUUUUCAGAGGUACCAAAGAAUACACUGCAAAGCAAAUUCAAGAAAUGUUGGGUUUGACCAAUAAUAGUGCUCGUCCCACCGGUCAACAACCCAACCGUCCCGGUCAACCUCCCCAAAUGACGAUGGCUGCCAACAGAUUCUUACUUCCUGUAAAGGAUUGUGAAUUUGUGUUGACCUCAAUUUUGGAAAAUCUUCAACGUGAUCCUUGGCCCGUUGCUGAUGAUAAGCGACCUGAAAGAAGUACGGGUGUGGCCAUGAGUGUAGCUGUUGGUCUUUUGGAAACAACUUUCCCUAAUACAGGUGCUCGUAUGAUGCUCUUCAGUGGUGGUGCUGCCACUGAAGGUCCUGGUAUGGUUGUGAGUAGUGAAUUGAGAGAACCCAUCCGUUCUCAUCAUGAUAUCGAAAAGGAAUCGGCCAAGCACUAUAAGAAGGCAACCAAGUUCUAUGAAGCACUUGCCAAGAGAGCUGCUCAUAAUGGACAUACGAUUGAUAUCUUCGCUGGUUGUCUUGAUCAAAUUGGUUUAUUGGAAAUGAGAUCCAUGGUCAAUAGCACGGGUGGUUUCAUGAUCUUGUCCGAUUCUUUCAAUACAGCCAUUUUCAAACAGAGUUUCCAACGCAUAUUCCAAAAAGACAGUCAGGGACAUUUACAAAUGGGUUUCAAUGCUACCAUGGAUGUUCAAACCACGAGAGAAUUGAAGGUAUGCGGUUUAAUCGGUCAUGCUGUUUCUGCCAAUAAGAAGACACCGUAUGUAGGCGAGACAGAGAUCGGUAUUGGUAAUACAUCCGCUUGGAAGAUGUGCAGUUUGAAUCAUGAGACGACCAAUGCUGUUUACUUUGAAGUCGUGAAUCAACCUUCGGCACCUUUCCAGCCUGGAUCACGUGGCUUGAUUCAGUUUGUCACUCACUACCAACAUUCAAGCGGCCAAUUCCGUCUUCGUGUUACCACUGUCGCUCGUAAUUUUGCUGAAGGACAAAGUCCUGAGAUCGCCAAUUCAUUUGAUCAAGAAACAGCUGCUGUGUUGAUGUCGCGUAUCGCUGUGUUUAAGGGAGAAAUCGAUGAUGGACCCGAUGUAUUGCGUUGGUUGGAUCGUAUGUUGAUUCGUCUUUGCCAACGUUUCGCUGAUUAUCGCAAGGACGACCCUCAUUCUUUCAGAUUAUCAGAAAACUUUUCCAUUUAUCCUCAAUUCAUGUUCCAUUUGAGACGUUCUCAAUUCUUGCAGGUGUUCAAUAACUCACCUGAUGAAACAGCCUUCUACCGUCAUACACUGAAUCGCGAAAACGUGGAUUCAUCGCUUAUUAUGAUCCAGCCUACUCUUACAUCUUACAGUUUCGAUGCUCCUCCUCAACCUGUCUUACUUGAUUCCGUUUCCAUCAAGCCUGAUGCUAUCUUGUUACUGGACACUUUCUUCCAUAUCUUGAUUUUCCAUGGCGAGACCAUUGCUCAAUGGCGUGAUGCUGGUUACCAAGACCAAGAAGGCUAUGAGAACUUUAAACAGCUUUUGGAAGCUCCCGUGUUGGAUGCUCAAGAUCUUCUGAUGGAAAGAUUCCCUAUUCCUCGUUAUAUUGUUUGCGACCAAGGUGGCUCUCAAGCUCGUUUCUUACUUUCCAAACUAAAUCCCUCUACUACUCAUACCUCAGGCAGCCCUUAUAGCGCACCAGGUGGUGCUGUUGUUCUUACAGAUGAUGUCAGCUUACAAGUCUUUAUGGAGCAUUUGAAGAAGUUGGCUGUUGCUGGUGCUUCGUAA